CUAGAGUGCUAUAAUUUGUGCAAAACAGAUGAAGCCAGAUACAAGGCAUGGGCAUCUGACUGGGAUGGUGUUGUUGCUUGUUGCAUGCUUGCAUUGCAGCGUAGCAUGACCAUGACCAUGACCAUAGACAGGCACUUGACUCUCUCUCUCAUGAAAGUCACUGUUGCGUCCUCGUCCGUUGCUCCAGCUGCACCCUGUGCUGUGGUUGCCUCCUCUCAGCUGUCGCUGUCGCCAAUUAAACUGGCAAGACGGGGCCGGAGCUCGAUUAGUGUUCCCUUUGAAAAAAGGGUGAGGGCAAGCAGGAGCUAGUAGCUUUGGAGUGUGGACUGUGUAGCUAACCGGACACUCCCUCCAUUAGAGAGAAGAAGAAAAAAAGCCUUCAUAAAGCCACUUGCUGGCUUGCUGCUGGUGAGCCUUUCACAGGUCGCUCGGCUCGGCCUUUUGUAUCGGCUGAUUCUUCCCUAGGCGAUCAAUUAUUCGGGUAGUUCGGGAGCGAGAAGAAGAGAAAAGAAAGGCAGGUCCAGCAGGCAAACGAACCCAACCGACGUAACCGCGGACAUGACAGCCGGAUGACGCCAUGUCGCCCGGGGAGGGUGCGUCGGCGCCGCCGGCUGUUGCGCCCUCAUCAGCAGGGGCAAUGGCGGCCGAGGAGGCAGCGGCCAGGAAGCGCUACGAGGCGCUGGUCCAGGUGCGCACCAAGGCCGUCAAGGGCAAGGGCGCCUGGUACUGGGCGCACCUUGAGCCCGUGCUCGUCCCGCCACCCACCUCCGGCCUGCCGCCCAAGACAGCGCGCCUCCGCUGCGCGCUCUGCGCCGCCACCUUCUCCGCUUCCAACCCGUCGCGCACCGCCUCCGAGCACCUCAAGCGCGGCGCCUGCCCCAACUUCGCGUCGCCGCUGGCGCCCGUCUCCACGCCGCCGCCGCCGCAUCACCAGCAGCUUGCCAUCGCCUCGGCGUCGUCCGUCGUGCCCAUCGCCUCCUUCCCGCCGCUGUCGCAGCGCCGCCACUCCACCGGCGGCGUCAGCGGCGGCCGCAAGCGCCACGCGUUGGCCGCCGCGUACGCGGCCGUGGAGGCGGCAGCAGCGGCCUCCUCGCAGCACGUGUUGGCGGGCGAGCCGGCCGUGUACACGUCCGCGCCACCCACGCCGCCGGCGCCGCGGCAGGUGCUCUCGGGCGGGCGGGGGGACCUGGGCCCGCUGGCGCAGCUCGAGGACAGCGUCAGAUGGCUCAGGUCGCCUGGCGCGUCGCCGGGGCCGACGCUGCCGCACCGCCAGGCGGAGGCAGCGCUCGACCUGCUCUCCGACUGGUUCCUCGAGUCCGCCGGCGGCGUGUCGCUCGCCGCGGUGGAGCACCCGAAGAUGAAGGCGUUCCUGCGCCAGGUCGGCCUCCCGGAGCUGUCAGGCGCCGACCUCACCCGCGCGCGCCUCGACGCGCGCUUCGCCGAGGCCAGUGCCGACGCCGCCGCGCGCGUUCGGGACGCGCGCUUCUUCCAGCUCGCCGCGGACGGGUGGCGCGACCCGGUCGUCACUCUCGCCGCCAAUCUCCCCAACGGCACGUCCGUCUUCCACCGCGCCGUGCCCAUGCCAGCGCCGCCGUCGUCCGACUACGCCGAGGAGGUGCUCCUGGACGCUGUCUCAUCCGUCGCCGCCUCCGCCGACCUCCGCCAUUGCGCCGGCGUCGUCGCCGACCGCUUCGGCUCCAAGGCUCUGCGCGAUCUCGAGAGCAAGCACCCUUGGAUGGUGAACAUUUCUUGCCAAGUCCAUUGCUUGACGCGCUUAGCAAAAGACAUGGCGCGUGAGCUCCCGCUCUUCCACUCCGCCGCCACCAAUUGCGCCAAGAUGGCCGCGUACUUCAACACCACCGCCACCGUGCGCGCGCUGCUGCACCGGCAUCAGGUCCAGGAGCUUGGCCGCGCGGGGCUCCUCCGCGUCGCCGCUCCGCCAUCAGGCGACAGCGAAUUCAGCGCGGCAUUGGCGAUGCUCGAUGACGUCCUGACCUCUGCGCGGCCGCUCCAGUUCUCCGUCCUCGAGGAGCCCUUCAAGCUCCUCUGCAUCGACGACCCUGCUGCGCGGGAGAUCGUCGACAUGGUGCACAGCGCGGCGUUCUGGGCCGAGGUGGAGGCGGCGCAUUCGCUCGUGAAGUUGAUCACGGACAUGGUGAAGGAGAUGGAGACCGAGCGGCCGCUCGUCGGGCAGUGCCUCCCGCUCUGGGAAGACCUCCGUGGCAAGGUCAGAGGCUGGUGCCGCAAGUUCAACGUCGACGAAGGGAUCGCCAUGGACGUGCUGGAGAGGAGGUUCAGGAAGAGCUACCACCCGGCGUGGUCGGCGGCAUUCAUACUGGACCCGCUGUAUCUGAUCAAGGAUGCCAGCGGUCGGUACCUCCCGCCGUUCAAGUACCUGACGCCGGAGCAGGAGAAGGACAUGGACAGGCUGAUCACGAGGCUGGUGUCGCCGGAGGAGGCGCACCUCUCCAUGAUGGAGCUGAUGAAGUGGCGCUCCGAGGGUCUGGACCCGCUGUACGCGCAGGCGGUGCAGGUCCGGCAGCCGGACCCGGCCACGGGGAAGAUGAAGAUCGCCAACAAGCAGAGCAGCCGCCUGGUCUGGGAGACGUGCCUCAGCGAGCUCAAGUCGCUGGGUAAAGUGGCCGUGCGGCUCAUCUUCCUCCACGCCACCGCGAGGGUGAUCAGGUGCCCGCCGAGGAUGGCGCGGUGGCUGACCGCCUCGUCCGGCGGCAUCGCCCGCGCGCAAAGGCUGGUGUUCGUGGUGGCGAACUCGAAGCUGGAGAGGAAGGACUUGACGAACGACGACGACCGGGACGCGGAGAUGCUCACGGAUGGGGACGACGACAUGAUGCUGGCUGAUCCGACGACCACCGCCACUGUGGAUCCUCAUCGGUGAAGCAAACGUGUUAAUUGUUUCGUCCUCAUUGUGGUGUUAGCAUCUGUAGAAUUUGAUUGUCCUAGGUUAGAUUCUUUUGAUCUUGUUUCGUCUCGUGGCCGCCGUGCUUGGUGCUUGCUCCCUCCUGUUGUUUUGGUGGGGUGGGGAGCAGGAGGGGCGCAUGAGACGAUGGAGAUGGAGAUUGCUUUUGAUUAUCAAGUGUGGUUAACCAAUCAAUAACGUUUGUGGUUCUUGCUGAAUCGAUGGAUGAGUAGGCAGGAAAUCAGGGGAAUUUAUUGCCUGUAUUUGGGAUCAGCAAGACAGCAUGAAUAAGGGACGUUGUGUUUUUUUUU